GUCUGUUUCUUCAUCAUCUGGUCAGUUUGACUCCUGAGCGGCACAAUGAAAUAUGGAUGAAUGUGGACCGGGUGACAGUUACUGCUGAGGGCGGUGUUGGAGGUCGUCCUUCCAACAGGCCCGGGGGUGGAGUCAUGCGUAUCCACCGACACUUCCCCUUCCCAGCCAAUCAGAUGUACGUGGUGGCACUGCACCGCGAGAUGAAGCCGAUGAGGGUUUACCGGCUAAACGUGAGCUUUGAUGCUGCCAUCGAGGACGAGCUGCUGGGCUUCUUCAGGAGCUCAUACACAAUGCAGAGAGAGAGACGCUACUUGGCAGUAACUCAGUUCAGUCCUAUCCAUGCCCGGAAGGCCUUCCCCUGCUUUGAUGAGCCUGUCUACAAGGCCACAUUCUCCCUCACCCUCCGCCACGACCCACAGUACACCUCGCUGUCCAACAUGCCGGUGGAGAGCAGCUCGCUGUCGGAUGAGGACGGCUGGUUGACCAAUCACUUUGCCCGGACGCCCCGCAUGUCCACGUACUACUUGGCCUGGGCUGUUUGCAACUUCACCUACAGAGAGACGCAGACGGACAGCGGCGUGACGAUCCGUCUCUAUGCCCGGCCGGAUGCCAUUUUGAGCGGAGCAGGGGACUACGCCCUCCACAUUACCAAGAGGCUCCUCGGAUUUUAUCAGGACUACUUCAAAGUCCAGUACUCUCUGCCUAAACUAGACUUGUUGGCUGUGCCCAAACACCCCUACGCCGCCAUGGAGAACUGGGGCCUGAGCGUCUUCGUGGAGCAGAAGAUCCUGUUGGACGCAGACGUGUCGUCCUCAUCCUAUCAGAUGGAACUCACCAUGGUGGUAGUCCACGAGAUUUGUCACCAGUGGUUCGGUGAUCUGGUGACUCCAGUGUGGUGGGAGGAUGUUUGGCUAAAAGAAGGUUUUGCUCAUUUCUUCGAGUACGUCGGGACUGACUUUCUCUUCCCAAAGUGGAACAUGGAGAAGCAGCGCUUCUUGACUGAUGUCCUUCAUGAGGUGAUGCUGCUGGAUGGCCUAAGUUCCUCCCAUCCAAUCUCCCAGGAAGUGGAACAAGCGACAGACAUUGACCGCGUCUUUGACUGGAUUGCCUACAAAAAAGGGGCGGCACUGAUCCGGAUGCUUGCUAACGUGAUGGGGCAGCCGCUGUUCCAGAAAGGACUCAAUGAUUAUCUUCUGAGUCACAUGUACAGCAACGCUGCCAGAGACGACCUGUGGAGGAAACUGUCUCAGGCCAUGCGCUCAGAGGGCCGAGACAUUGAUAUCGGGGAGAUGAUGGACAGGUGGACUCUACAAAUGGGCUACCCUGUUGUCACCAUCAGCAAGAACCAAUCAGAGCAGCUCCCUACAUAUUACAUCACAGUCAGCCAGGAGCACUUCCUGUAUGGAGAGGAAGUCAGAAAAAACAACAGUUUACAGUGGCAGGUCCCUCUCACAGUCGCCGUGGGAAACACAUCCGCAGUUUGUUCAGAGUCUCUCAUCUGGAUCAACAACAAGACAGAAACCCACAGGAUUGGUCAGAUGGAUGACAGCACAUGGUUGGUAGGCAACAUCAAUCAGACGGGCUACUUCCGCGUGAACUAUGACCUCCAGAACUGGAAACUGCUGAUUCAGCAGCUGCACACCAACCCCCAGAUCAUCUCCGUUGGAAACAGGGCAGGACUUAUCGAUGAUGCUUUUAACCUGGCCAGGGCGGGGUACCUGCCACAGGGUGUUCCUUUGCAGCUGAUUGGCUAUCUGCCAGAGGAGACGUCCUUCCUUCCAUGGCACGCUGCCAGCCGAGCGCUCUACCAGCUGGACAAACUGCUGGACCGCACAGACGAAUACAGGCUGUUCAGUGACUAUGUGCUGAAGCAGGUUGCAUCGCGGUACCAUCAGAUGGGUUGGCCAACGAAUGGCCCCGGCACAGAGGGCAACGUCCUGCAAGCAUCCUACCAGACUGAGGAGUUGCAGAGAGAGCUUAUCAUGUUAGCGUGUAGCUUUGGAAACAAACAGUGCCACCGUCAAGCCGUUGCCUACAUCUCUGACUGGAUCUCCAGCAACAAAAACAGGAUUCCUCCUAACAUCCGAGACAUAGUUUACUGCACCGGAGUCAGCCUGAUGGACGAGGAUGUGUGGGAGUUCAUCUGGAUGAAGUUUCACUCUUCCAACGCCGUUUCAGAGAAGAAGAUCCUGCUGGAGGCUCUGACCUGCUCAGACAACACUUUCCUCCUCAACAGGCUGCUGAACCUGUCUCUGACCUCAGACCUGGUCCCAGAGCAGGAUGUGAUUGAUGUCAUCAUCCACGUGGGUCGAAACCCUCAGGGUCGGAACCUGGCUUGGAGGUACUUCAGAGAGAAGUGGGACAUCCUGAACGCGCGAUACGGUGAAGCUUUGUUCAUGAAUUCAAAACUCAUCAGUGGAGUCACAGAGUUCCUCAACACUGAGCGAGAACUCAAUGAGUUAAAGGAGUUCAUCCUGUCCAGUGGUGUGGGGGCGGGGCCUGCGUUGCCACGAGCGCUGGAAAUUGUCGAGGGCAAUGUGCGCUGGCACCGCCUCCACCGGCGGCAGUUCUACCAGUGGCUACGCAAACCUCCGAGUACCACCUUCGGCUAACACCAUGCCAGCCAGCUAAAGUGAAGUGACUGCAAACUGACUGCUAUGCUAACGCCAUGCUAGCUACCAGAUGCAGUCAGACAGAAGAAAAGACAGACUGAAAGAUCAAGAACACUGGGUUGACUGGUUUUGAUUUUUUUUAAAGAACCUUGAUUUCAAUCUUUUUAGCUCUACUGGAUUGCUUUCCUCCACUUGUGGCUGAUGUGGUUAAAUUGAUUUCUGUGCUAUGUUUAGACUGCUUUAAGGGUAGUCAUUGAGACAAGAACCAGCUGUCAGAUUAAAAACAGCCAACAAC